UAUGGCCUGCACAGGGGGCAGCGCUGGGGCCCCGUGUCCACCGUGGGCGUGACUGCUCCACAACCGGAAGAGACUCCAGCCACGGAGCCCCCCCUGGAGCCACACCUGGGAGAGCUGACAGUGACAGAUGUGACCCCCAACUCCAUGGGCCUCGCAUGGACAGUCCCAGAGGGCCAGUUUGACUCCUUCAUGGUCCAGUACAAGGACAGGGACGGGCAGCCCCAGGUGGUGCCUGUGGCCUCAGACCAGCGUGAGGUCACCAUCCCCGGCCUGGAGCCUGCACGCAAAUACAAGAUGAACUUCUAUGGGCUACAUGGUGGCCAGCGUGUGGGCCCCCUCUCUGUGGUAGCUGUGACUGCUCCCCUCCCUCCAGCCCCAACCACAGAGUCCCCCCAGGAGCCACGCCUCGGGGAGCUGACAGUGACAGACCUGACCCAGGAUUCUGUGAGCCUCUCGUGGACGGUCCCUGAGGGUGAAUUCGACUCCUUUGUGGUCCAGUACAAGGACAGGGAUGGGCAGCCCCAGGUGGUGCCUGUGGCCGCAGACCAGCGCGAGGUCACCAUCCCUGGCCUGGAGCCCAGUAGGAAAUACAAGUUCCUGCUCUUUGGGAUUCAGGAUGGGAAAAGACGCAGCCCAGUUUCCGUGGAGGCAAAGACAGCUGCCCAAGGUGACGCCAGCUUUGGGGCCCCGCCCCGCCUUGGGGAGCUGUGGGUGACAGAUCCCACCCUGGACUCGCUGCGCCUCUCCUGGACAGUCCCCGAGGGCCACUUUGACUCCUUUGUCGUCCAGUUCAAGGACAGGGACGGGCCCCAAGUGGUGCCUGUGGAGGGCCAUGAGCGCUCAGUCACCAUCACCCCUCUGGACACUGGCCGCAAGUACAGAUUCCUCCUUUAUGGGCUCCUGGGCAAGAGGCGCCAUGGCCCCCUCACUGCCGAAGGCACCACAGAGAUCCGGAGUGCGGUGGAUGAUGCUAAAGCAAAGCAUCCCCUAAAGCCCCGUCUUGGGGAGGAGCUACAGGUGACCAGCGUGACCCCAGACUCUGUGAGCCUCUCGUGGACAGUCCCUGAGGGCCAGUUUGACUCCUUUGUGAUCCAGUACAAGGACAGAGACGGGCAGCCGCAGGUGGUGCCUGUGGAGGGCAGCCUCAGGGAGGUCCGCAUCCCGGGCCUGGACCCAAACCGCAGGUAUAAGCUCCUGCUGUACGGACUGCACCAGGGCAAACGUGUGGGUCCCAUCUCUGCCAUCGCCAUGACUGCCUCCAGAGAAGAUAUCGAAACCGAGGCCCUAGGUCCUCCAGGGCCUGAGCCCCGCCUAGGGGAGGUGACUGUGGAGGAAGCCAUGCCAGACACCUUGCAUCUCUCCUGGACAGUGAUGGAGGGAGAUUUUGACUCCUUUGAGGUCCAGUACACAGACAAAGAUGGGCAACUCCAAGUAGUCAAAGUAGAUGGUGACCGGAAUGACAUCAUCCUUACUGGCCUGGAAUCUGACCACAGAUACCUGGUGACCCUGUAUGGUUUCCAUGGCCAGCAGCGUGUGGGUCCUGCCCACAUUGAGGCCCUCACAGUCCCAAGGGAAGAGGAGGAUGAACCUUCAGAACCUCCCAUCAAGCCACAGCUGGGGCAGCUGGCAGUGA